AUGAGCGGUGGGUUCUUCACGAGGUGCCCUAUGGUCAUUGCGACUGCUGCGGGCAAUGGCCGACAGCUGGCUGGUCGCAGAGUUAGGAAUGGGCAUGUUGGCGAGCAGAGAGAGCAAAUUCAGCGGCAAAGUAAGCAAACUAUCGAGCAAACCGAGCAAAUCGAGCAGACCGUCGAGCAGACCGUCGAGAAGAACGAGCAAAUCAAGCAAAAUGGUCAGCAAGAUGAACAAAAUCAAGAAAAUGAUCAGCAGAUCAAGCUGAGUGAGCAAAACGGCGAGCAAAGCGGACAGAAUGAUGAGCAGAGCGAACAGAGAGAACAAAUUGAACAGGACGGGCAAGAUGGGCAGGAUAGGCAGGAUGGGCAGGACGCGAAGCGCAAGAAGGAGCGCGAGGAGAAGCGCUGGGAGAAGAUCAAGAAUCAGCGGGCUCGCAACAAGCUCCAACAGCAGCUGAAGCGGGAAGGGCGGAGCAAGCAGACACAGACUGAGUGGACUGAGUGGACUGAGUGGACUGAGUGGACUGAGCAGCCUCGAGAAGCUAAGCUGACUCAAGAAACUGAGAAGACUGGGCAGCAGACUGAGCAGACCAAGGAGACUGAGCAGAACGAGCUGAGCAAGGAGUGCAAGCCUAUGUGCAGAAGGCGCAAGAGGCUGCGGAAGCUGGAGGCACAGAGCAAGCAGACGCAGACUGAGGAAACUUGGCAGUUUGAGCAUCCUGAGCAGACUAAGCAGACCCAAGAAACCGAGCAGCCUGAACAGAGCCAGGAAACUGAGCAAAUGCAAGAAACUGAGCAGACAGGGCAGACAGGGCAGACAGGGCAGACAGGGCAGACAGGGCAGACAGGGCAGACAGAGCAGAGCAAGGAAAUAGUGCAGAGUGAGCGAAACGAACUGACUGAGGAGAACCAGCAGAGCGAGGAGAACGAGCAGACUGAGCAGAAUUGA